CAAAUGUACUCAAAUAUGGGACAGAGGCUCCCAGUAACUAGAAAGCCCAGGUUACCAUAUUACAUCAUAAUCAGUGAUGUCACUAUUGGGAAAAUUCUCAAGUUGUCCUCUGAUUUAGGCCUUUCAGGCCUUGAAGCCAGUGGGAUUGAGGAACUUUUCAAGAGCAGUAUGGCUCUGGACAAUGUGUGGGGUCCACGAGCACCAACCAUAGGGGAUGGGCCUGCCAAGAGAGUGGAUGAUCAGGCCCCCACCCAGACACAGGCCCUCCAAACUGCCUCCGUAAGGGAUGGCCCAGCAAAGCGGGCAGUGUGGGUCCGGCGUAAAACUAUGGAGCCAGAAGAUCCUACCAAAUCAGCAGUGGCCAUGGGGAGACCCAAGCUAGAGGUGGCCAAAGCAGUGGUCGUAGACCUUGGCACUGGCUACUGUAAAUGUGGCUUUGCCGGCCUGCCAAGGCCUUCUCACAAGAUCUCAACAACAGUGGGCAAGCCCUACAUGGAGACUGCCAAAACUGGGGAUAAUCGCAAGGAGACAUAUGUGGGGCAGGAGAUUGCCGAUUCAGAGCUUCACCUCAAGCUAGUUAAUCCUCUGAGACAUGGCAUUAUCGUGGACUGGGAUACAGUGCAGGAUAUCUGGGAAUAUCUCUUCCGACAAGAAAUGAAGAUAGCCCCAGAGGAGCAUGCGGUCUUGGUUUCAGACCCACCCCUGAGCCCACACACCAACAGAGAGAAGUAUGCUGAAAUGCUGUUUGAAACCUUCAACACCCCCGCAAUGCACAUCGCCUACCAGUCCCGCCUGUCCAUGUACUCUUAUGGAAGGACCUCUGGCCUGGUGGUGGAGGUUGGCCACGGCGUGUCCUAUGUGGUCCCCAUUUAUGAGGGAUACCCUUUGCCCAGCAUCACCGGAAGGCUGGACUACGCAGGCUCUGACUUGACAGUCUACCUGAUGGGCCUGAUGAACAGUUCAGGGAAGCACUUCACUGAGGACCAGAUAGGCAUCGUGGAGGACAUCAAGAGGAAAUGCUGCUUUGUGGCUCUGGAUCCCAUCGAAGAGAAGAAAGUCCCUCCCAAUGAACAUAUGAUGCAGUACAUUCUGCCUGAUGGAAAUGAGAUACAACUAGGCCAGGAAAGGUUCCUCUGCUCAGAGAUGUUCUUCAAGCCAUCUCUCAUCAAGUCCAUGCAACUGGGUCUCCACACCCAGACAGUGUCCUGCCUUAACAAGUGUGACAUUGCCCUCAAACGGGACCUCAUGGGAAACAUCCUGCUCUGUGGGGGCAGCACUAUGCUCCCCGGUUUCCCUAACCGUCUGCAGAAGGAGCUGAGUAGCAUGUGUCCCAAUGACACCCCACAGGUAAAUGUGUUGCCUGAGAGAGACACUUCGGUGUGGACUGGUGGCUCCAUCCUUGCAUCACUUCAGGGCUUCCAACCACUGUGGGUCCACCGCUCUGAGUAUGAGGAACAUGGGCCUUUCUUCCUCUACAGAAGAUGCUUCUGAAUGCCCACGAGGCACAGCCACUGCACGGCAGUACUUCAGCUUUGCUGGGUGAGUGCUCUCCUACACACAGGGAGCUGAGUGCCAGCACAUUCAUUACUGUAGCAUUAAACACCCCUCAUGUUCCCCUCCA